AUUUUCUCUGUGCUUAAGGGUAAAUAUGUGCGAGUUGGUUAAAAUUCUUCACCACCCUUGACUAAUAAUGUGCCAAAUCCUCUCAAGACUGAUGGCCACGGGGACUCAUGGCCUGACAUACUACAGCUGAAAAGGCGUAGGGAAGAAGCCUGCUUGACUGUAACAGCUAGUGGCAAGUGUAAUUUGGCUGGUUCUUCCAAGAAAGGUCCCCAGCAUGGAAACUGCCUACCUGAAGAAGUACUUUGGAAACUGCCUGACCCAGGCGCUGGCAGAAGUGGCAAGAGUGCGGCCCAGUGACCCAAUAGAGUACCUGGCUCACUGGCUUUACCAUUAUAGGAGUAUAACUAUAGCUGAAGAGAAGAGAAGGCAAGAGAAGCUACAGCUUAAGGAAGCACAUGACAGAAGCUCUGAAGAAGCAAAAACAACAGAAAUGCUGAAAGAAGAAGGCUAUCAGAUUCAGCAGAAGUGUGAAAAGUGUCACCAGGAACUACCCUCGACCUCUUUUUCCUCAGACAAGACCCCAGCCCUGCAGGAAGACAUGGCACCCCUUGAGGAGAAGACUAUGAGGCAGGAAUCUCAACCAGGUGCCUCGCAUGUGAUUUCUGAGGUGUCUCCAAGGGCUAUUCCCUCAUAAAAAAUUUAAAAAAAAAAAAAAAAAAAAAAAAGCCUGCAAGAGGAGCACUCAUCUCAUCUAAGAUUUAAGAGACUAAGAAGGAAUGGGAGGGGUCAACUGAUUCUCUGGUCUGUUAGCCAUAACUACCUUUAAUCAUGUGAAGUUUUGAAUUAGCUAUUAGAGAAAAGUGAACUCAGAACAAGAAUUAAAAAUAGUAAGUCAUCAAA